AUGGAAGAUACUUCAAUUAGUGCAAGUUCACAGCAUCAUGAUGAAUCAAACACAGAUGCAAAGCGGCGACUUUUAUCAAUCUUAACUAGGCUUCAUGCAGGUUUUUUCAGAAUAAGUAUCUCUUUAGGUGCCCAAGCUUUACUGUGGAAGAAGCUUGGUAAGCUCACCAUCAAGUCCAAAGCUCUGCGAUUUGUAUAUCGAGUUCUCCCUUCAACAGCUUUCCUUUCACUCUGGUACCUUGGGUUUGGCACAUUAAUUCUGCUAUCUCUUCUCUACCUUCUCAGAUGCUUCUUCCACUUUCACAUGGUAAAGGCAGAGUUCUUGCACCAUGUGGGAGUGAACUACUUGUUUGCACCUUGGAUUUCCUGGCUUCUCUUGCUUCAAUCUGCACCAGUACUAGUUGUUCCAAACACCGUUUCCUACAUGGUUCUCUGGUGGGUUUUUGCACUUCCACUUAUGCUGCUGGAAGUAAAAAUAUAUGGACAGUGGUUCACAACAGAGAAGCGAACAUUAUCAACAAUGGCGAACCCAACUAGCCAGGUUUCCGUCAUAGGGAACUUCGUGGGUGCUCGAGCAGCAGCGCUGAUGGGGUGGAAAGAGAGUGCAGUUUGCCUGUUCUCGCUUGGGCUGGUUCACUAUUUAGUACUCUUCAUCACACUUUACCAGCAUUUAUCGGGUUGUAGUCACCUUCCAACGAUGCUCCGCCCUGUCUUCUUCUUGUUCUUUGCUGCACCUAGCAUGGCUAGCCUGGCUUGGACCUCCAUCUCUGGAUCUUUUGAUACUGCAUCAAAGAUGUCGUUCUUCCUCUCCUUCUUCCUCUUCAUGUGCCUGGCUUGUAGACCAGCCCUUUUCAAGAAAUCAAUGAGGAGAUUCAGCAUUGUGUGGUGGGCGUAUUCAUUCCCGCUGUCUUUUCUGGCUUUGGCCUCAGCAGAAUAUGCACAGGAGGUGAGAGGUUACACUGCAAUUGGAUUAACACUUGCUCUAUCGGUACUAUCUGCAGUGGUUUUCUAUGGAUUGAUUCUGUUCACUGCUUUCAGAACUGAUUCACUUCUGGGGGAAAAGAGAUCCCUCCCUGAAUUUUGCUAA